AUGGCGGAAACCGCAUCACCCUCGUCCAAACCCUCACCAAUGGACCCUCAAAACCCCGCACAAUCUUCCAACCCUACAAUCCCUUCCCCUUCGCACAACAACAUGGCUUCACCCUCCCUCCCUCCGCUUCCGCAAGACCAACAACAACAACAGCAGCAGCAAAAUCUUCAUCAGCAAUUGAGUCCCCCUCAACAACAACAACAACAACAACAACAACCGCUCGUGUCGUCGCAAGCGAUGAACAGCAUCAACGGCAUGAACCCUAUCUCCAAUUUUCAACUCCAGCAGACGCUGCAGCGAUCGCCUUCCAUCUCGCGCCUCAAUCAAAUUCAGCCUCAGCAGCAGGCGCAGCAGCAGCAGCAGCAGUUCGGCGUCAUGCGCCACCAGGCCGGAUUGUACGGCGGACAGAUGAGCUUCGCAGCCGCGGGCGGUGGAGCGAGCCAGCAGCAGCAGCAGCAGUUGGGCGGGUCCAAUUUGUCGCGGUCCGCGCUGAUAGGGCAGACCGGACACUUCCCCAUGUUGUCCGGAGCUGGCACGCAGUUUAACUUGCUCUCCUCGCCAAGGCAAAAAGGUGGGCUAGUUCAGCCGUCUCAAUUCUCCUCAGGUAAUUCUGCUGGACAAUCACUGCAAGGAAUGCAAGCAAUGGGCAUGAUUGGAUCACCAAAUCUCACUUCACAACUACGAGCUAAUGGAGCCCUGGCUUAUGCGCAGCAGUUGCGAAUGAGUCAGGGUCAAAUCAGGCAGCAAAUAUCACAGCAGAGUUCACUUAACACUGGACAGGUUCAAGGUUUACCAAGGUCAUCAUCCCUUGCUUUUAUGAAUUCUCAGUUGUCUGGGUUGUCUCAGAAUGGGCAACCAGCAAUGGUUCAUAACUCCUUAACACAGCAACAGUGGCUUAAACAAAUGCCAGCAAUGUCUGGCCCUGGCUCACCAUUGCGUCUUCAACAGCAGAGGCAGCAGUUGGCUUCUUCUGCUCAACUGCAACAAAACUCUAUUGCCCUCAAUCAACAGCAAUUGUCCCAGCUGAUUCAGCAACAGAAAUCCAUGGGGCAGCCUCAGCUGCAUCAGCAGCAGCAGCAACCUCAACAGCUGCAACAGCAGCUUAUACAGCAGCAGCCACAACAACAGUCUCAGCCACAGGCUUCUGUCCAUCAACAGCAACAAUCUCCAAGGAUGCCAGGACCUGCAGGCCAAAAGUCAUUCAGUCUAACAGGAUCACAGCCUGAUGCUACUGCAUCUGGUGCAACUACACCAGGUGGUAGUUCUAGUCAAGGAACUGAAGCAACAAACCAAGUCCUUGGGAAGAGAAAGAUACAGGAUUUAGUUGCACAGGUGGAUCCACAAGGUACGCUGGAUCCCGAAGUUAUAGAUCUUCUUUUAGAGCUUGCCGAUGAUUUCAUUGAUUCUAGAUGUGGGGGUAGUUGCUUGAUGUAUGUUGAAAAGCCACUUUACUUGCAUUCAUCCCCACCCACUUUAGUUGCUGCCUCUUUAGGACCUGCUUUAAUUGCAGCCUCAAAAGAUGAAAAAAAUUGGGAUUUAACAAUUCCUGGAUAUUCAAGUGAAGAUAAAAAGUAUCAAAGCAAACCUCAAUUAAAUGACCUCCACAAGAGGCGCCUAGAUAUGAUUCGCACGAUGAUGGAAUCCUCGGCCUCUGAUUCAAAUAUUAACAGUUCUAAAGAGUUGAGUAGACAGGGCAUUCCUAAUUCUACCCCAGUGGGAGCUCACCAUCUAGUAAGACCCUUGAGUUCAGAGCAGUUGGUUUCUCAUUCAGCUGGUUCUCAAAUGCUACAGCAGAUGACAAGUCCCAACAAGUCAAUCUACUCUGUUUAUCUACUGCACUAUAAAGUACCACGAUUUGAGCGGUUGAUUAGUUUUCUAACCCAGUUGUUGUCUUAUGAUUUUUUUCGUAUCAGGCCUGAGAAGAGAUUGCUUGCUGAAACUGAUUAG